AUGGAGGCAGCGAAAACCCCAACGGCCAAUGAUCCCACGAAGGAGAACCUGUUUAAAACGGCACCGUUGGAUGUAGGAGCUUCGGCGGGUGAUCCUGAGACCGAAGAAGGGGGAGAGGUGGCCGGAGAUUCAGGAGAAGACGAUGGGGGAGAAGGUGGAGAGUCUGCGACCGGAGAUGUAGAAGGAGCAGCCGAGGGUGGAGUGCCCGAAGGAGAAGGUGAGGUACUCAAAGGAGAAGGUGAUGCAGCGGGUGGAGUGCUCAAAGGAGAAGGAGCGGCGGCGGGUGGAGUGCUCAAAGGAGAAGGGGCAGAGGCAGGGGACUUGGCUGGGGAAGAUGCAGGGGAUUGUGCCCUUGUUGAGGCCACCAAGAGGGCAGCCAUUAGCACCAAAACGACAGCGUUGGAUCGAGCCAUUGUAGAAGAGCGAAUGAAGACAGAGAAAGUGAUAGGGUUUAACAGACAGGCAGAUCAAGAUUAA